AUGGAAGGAAGUUCAAGUCAGAACGGAAGUUCUUCUUGCAAUAUUAUUCCAGAAAUUCACGACUCUGCUUUUUCAUAUAAAACGGUUUCGCAUGAAAACUUCUUCAAUAAUAGUAUUCUUUUAAAAUUAGAAGAGGAUGGAUUUACAACUCCCGAUGAAAAGGCAGAAGAACUUAUUAAGAAACUGACCAACAUAAAAUAUUUGUAUGCAUUAAAAUUACUUUUUGAAAAUUUACAAAAUGAAUUUUCACCUCAAACUCUCCGAGAUACUUUGGUUGCAUUGGCGGAUCCGACCCCAUUCAAUUUUUAUGCAAAACAAAGUGUGACUAGAUUGGAGUUACAUUUAAGAACUUGGGUAACAGUCUUAGAACGGAUAUGCUUUUCACCAAUAGUACUUAGUAAGGAACUUCGAGAUAAAGUUUAUAAUUCUUUAUCAAAAUUUGCAGAAAUUCAUCGUAAAACGACUCAAGUUCUUGAAAUAGGAAUUGAUAAUAAUUUUAGACCAAAUUUUAACCAAUUUAACCAACAAAACAACAAUCAAGAUGACCAGAUUAUCACCAAAAAGCGUAAUUAUAAUAUUGACUUCUUAUUAAUCCACUUACGAGACACAUUACAUAGUUUGCGUGAUGAUGAAACUUGGUUUCAAGAAAUUAUACGAAGAACUAAAGAAUUACUUAAAGUUGCAUUGAAUAUUACCCCAGAAAUUUUAUCAGUGGCAGGAGUUGCUCUUCCAAAUGAUAAUUGUUCAAUCUUAUCAAUGCUUACUCAAAUACGUAAAGGCUUAAGUUUUAAAUAUCCUGUAACAUCUUAUUAUGUAUAUUGGAGAAUUAUGUUGAUGUUUCAACAUAAUCUUUUUGCAUGGUCUGAAGGUACUAAAAUGAUAAUUAGUAAAAAAUUCUGUGAAUUGGUAUUAAUGGAAUAUCUUUGGAGCUUUUUGGGAAGAGAAUGGAUUGAUGUAACUAAUAAAUCUAUUUUAGAUUCUCAAACAAAAUUUGAUGAAGUAUCAAAUAAAGUUACUAAAGCUUUAAAAAACACUGGAAAUUUCUUAAAUGAUCUCGCUGGAAAUGAACCUAUUGCAUUACCACAUACCUUAUGGUNUUAA